AUGUGCACUCCCAACGUUGCACUCCCGGCUGAUUCGGCCGAUCCGAUGGCGGCGUGUUCGCAGUUCACCCAUUACGAUUUGCACCUUUUGGCCCAGUCUUCGCCAGAGUCACCUCUUCGAGUAGUCGCACUCGUUGAUUACGACUCUUUUUACGCCCAAUAUGAAGCAGUUCGACUUGGGCUUCCUGCUUCUCAGCCUCUAGCCGUUCGUCAAUGGAACGCCAUCAUAGCGCUCAACUACCCCGCUAAGCAGCAUGGUCUCAAGAGAGGAAUUUCAGUGGAUGAAGCUCGCCGUCUUUGUCCAGGCAUCACAAUUCAACACAUUCCAACUUGGAGGGAGGGCGAUGACCAGUGGAGGUACAGAGAGGAUGUACUGGACCACUUGACAACGGAUAAGGCCUCAUUGGACCCUUAUCGCCAUAUGUCGCGAAAGACCAUCCAACUUGUCAGGGAUCUUUUCCCUGCCAGCCCCGAUCCGAUAAUCGAGAGGGCUAGCGUAGACGAGUUCUACCUCGAUCUCUCGACACAAGUCUACCGCACCCUUCUUGACCGUUUUCCCGACAUAACAUCCGAUACCAUCUCUACGCAAAAGCUACCACUGCCUGCUGUCAAGAACCCUCUCAACUGGCAAAUGGAUAGGGUCAUGAACCCACCAGAAAGAGGCGACCAUGGUGAGUCUCCUGACUGGGACGACGUAGCACUGAGCGUUGGUGCCGACAUCGUACGCAACAUCCGUGAACAUAUCAAACAACGACUGCGACUCACAACUUCUGCUGGUGUCAGCCACAACAAACUACUCGCCAAAGUCGCAUCCCGUAUGCAGAAGCCAGCCGGCCAGACAGUGAUCAGAACCAAAUCCAUUGGAUCCGUUUUGUCGGCUCUCAAAGCCACAUCACUGCCUGGCCUUGGUCGACAGCUGGGCCAGAAAGCCGUUCAGGGCCUUGGUUCUGACAACAUCUUCGACUUACUCCAGGUGCCUCUGGCGACGAUGAUAACCCAGCUAGGGUCUGAACAAGGACACCGGGUCUAUGCAGCUAUACGCGGAGCUGACAGAGGGGCAGUCGUCCCACGAUGUCAGGUUCAAUCGCUGUUGUCGGCCAAAACAUUUGUACCACCGGUGGCAAGCCUGCAGCAAGCUAGCAAAUGGCUUCGAAUUUUUGCGGCGGAUCUAGAGGCCCGGCUUCACGAUCUUGACGUCAGUUCGGAUUUUCCGCGCCGGCCCAAGACAAUUGCAGUCCACCAUCAUGUCAGGGGACGGUUUGGCCCGACGAGAUCUAAGCAAGCACCGAUCGCGUUACAGACUAUGAUUAACCAGGAUACUCUCUUUGAUCUGUCGUACGCUUUGUUGACGGCACUUACGGCAGACGGCGAGUCUUGGCCGUGCCAGAGCAUAUCUGUCAGCCUGUUGAACAUGGACUCACGUGCCCCUGAGAAGGGGCGGAUCACAUCCUUUUUUGCUCCCAGCGCAGUUCACUCAUCCCAAAGGCGACGAAGAAGUAGUUCAGGGCCCGAGAUAAAUGUCGAAAACGAAAGGAAGAAGAAAAUGCGUAGCUCAAUUGAGCACUUGGAGCCUACAGAGAUGUCCGACACUUCAAGCAUCUCUGUGGUUGAUGGCCGAGGUACUAGUAGCGGGGUUCUAACAUCACCGUCUUUGCCUUGGAGAGAAUCACAGUAUGAGUGUCCAUUAUGCAAUGGGUCUGUUGAACCAGAAGACGUCCUUGAACACCUCGAUUGGCAUGUUGCAGAACAGAUUCAACAUCAAGAAAACGAACCUAAGAGAUAG